AUGAAAAGGCGAACGUCAAAUCGCAGACUUUGCGAAGGUGUUCUUCAAUUGAUUCCAUCGGUUUUUUUAACCAUCUUUUCGAUCACCUCCUGCAGUGCACCUUUUCAAAAUCGACAAAUUCUUCAAGAUCAGAUAUCCCAACCACAAUCAUGGCGACGACUGAUCCCAAUUGAGCCAGCUCGGCCACGAGAUAACAAGCCAGUGGUGGCACUUCUUGCAGAAAUAAGCGCGAGCUUGAAGGAUCCAAGAGAUCAUUCCGCGCUAAAUAUGAGGCUAAGACACAGAACUUGGGAUCAAAACUCGAAUAUUGAAAACGGGGGACGAGGAGAGCGUCGAAGCACUCGCGUUGAAAGCUGUCGACGAAGUUCCCAAAGUGUUAGAUCAACAUCUUACCUCCCUUAUGACUACUCGAACAGUGGGACUGAGGGCUCCGAUAAAAUUUCCGAAAAGGAGACUGAAGAGUCCUAUAUGGGCUACGGCAAAGUCAUCAAGGAGGUCAUAGGAAAAUUCGUGGAAGAACUCGUGGAGGACCGUGGUAGAUUUACACUCCCGGAAUAUCGAGAUGUUAUAGUUAAAGAUCGAAGAAUCCUUGUGAAUUCACGAAAUCAUUCAAGACCGAGCCGCCGUAACCAAACUAGACUGGAAGUUGGGGAGCAGAGCGCAGAAAUCGUGGAUGAACUGAGUGGCAAAACCAUUGAUCAAGACCACACAACAUCCACGGACUCGGACGAAACAAGGCUUCUCCCGUUGAAGGGAUACAUCAACGAAGAAGUAGAGUGUGGGGAUCUCCUUCAUGCUGAUCUAGGUGAGCAGCUGUUCGGCAAUUCACGCGGACUACGUGGAGCGGAUGAGAGAGAUUUAUGUUCUUCAUGGUUGAAGGAUAAAAGAUUGGUCUUCUCUCCUGACGAACGAUGUCGCUUCAAAUUCGGUAAUGCCAAUCUCGCCGACUGCGAGGGGCUAUAUAAACUUAAGGAGGCAGUUGGAAACAUCGAACGGUUUGCUCGCAAAGCUUACAGAAACAAGAUAUAUAAUGGAACGCAUGCCCUUGGAUGCAAAGAUGACAUGGGUUAUGCGCUCCCUGUGCUUUCAGAAGGGGGAAAGACUUUUGCGAAGAAUUUCGCGAAGAAUUUCCAGAAGACAAAGGGGCCGAAAGGGUAA